GCAUGGCUGAGUAUCUAUCUAUACAUCUCUAUGCGUGUAUCUUUCCUUGUAUGUAUUUAAGGGGAGGGGAGCCGGCGGUGCGGCCACAUCGAUCGGCACAUCCCUAGCCCACGCUAUACGCUAGCUUCACUAAUCACUACUACUACUACUACUACUACUACUACUUGAAGUAGUAGCUAGAGUACGUGCACGGCGCGGUGCACCACACCAAAACGGGCUACCCAUCCAACCCUCGAUCGUGUGCCGCCACCACGACGUAUAGUACACCGCAGCGCGCGUGUGCAGCACACACCGGCCGGCUCCACCACUCGCUCGUUAUUAAGCGGCGCCGGCGAGCGCCCGUGCGUCCAUGGCGAAGCAGCAGCAGCAGCAGCAGCAAGUCUCCGCCGGCGCGGAGGCCACGGGCCGGCAGGCGGCGUCGUUCCUGCUCGGCUGCGUCGCCGCGCUCACCGUCGUCCUGCUCCUGCAGCGCCGCCCCGAGGAGCUCACCAGGGCGCCGAUGGUGCGAUUCUUCGGAGGGGGAGGGGCACGGACAUCAUCGUCGUCGUCGUCACCAGCGGCAGCGUCGUCGCCGUCCUCCUCCUCUUCCUCUUCACCACCAGCGGCAGGUGAACAUGCAGCAGCACAUCUUCAGACGACGACUGAUAACGCCGCCGCAAAGCCGCCGCCGGCUCCUACCACCACCGCCGGUGAUCCACGACGCCUUCCGCCGCCCAAUUCCACGACCCAUCACGGAAAAGAGCCGGGCGCGGCCGCCGGCGAGGAGGAAGAUGCAGAGUUCCGCGGGCUGGCGGCGGUGGUAUCGCGCGCGGCGACGGCGGACGACCGGACGGUGAUCGUGACGUGCGUGAACGAGGCGUGGGCGGCGCCCGGGUCGCUGCUGGACCUGUUCCUGGAGAGCUUCCGCGUGGGCGACGGCACGGCGCCGCUGCUGCGGCACGUGCUGAUCGUGGCCAUGGACCCUGCGGCCAUGGCGCGGUGCCGGACGCUCCACCGUCACUGCUACCACUACGCGCCGCUGCCCGGCGUCGACUUCGCCUCCGCCAAGUUCUUCCUGUCCAAGGACUACCUGGAGCUGGUGUGGAGCAAGCUGAAGCUCCAGCGCCGCGUGCUCCAGCUCGGCUACACCUUCGUCUUCACCGACGUCGACGUGCUGUGGUUCCGGAACCCGCUGAAGCACGUGACGGCGUACGCGGACAUGAGCGUCUCCAGCGACGUCUUCUUCGGCGACGCGGACAACGUGGACAACUUCCCCAACACGGGCUUCUUCCACGUGAAGCCAAACAACCGGACGGUCGCCAUGACGGCGGCGUGGCACGAGGCGAGGGAGAGGUUCCCGGGGAAGAACGAGCAGCCGGUGUUCAACGCCAUCAAGAAAGGGCUCGUCGCCGACCUCGGGCUGCGCCUGCAGUACAUCGACCCGGCCUUCGUCGCCGGCUUCUGCAGCUACGGCAAGGACCUCGGCAAGGUGUGCACCAUGCACGCCAACUGCUGCGUCGGCCUGCGUAACAAGCUCGCCGACCUCAGGACCGUGCUGGACGACUGGAGGAACUACACCGCCAUGCCGCACUGGGCCAGGCACCAGGCUAAGUGGACCGUCCCCGGAGCAUGCAUCCAUUGACGACGAUCGAUCAUUGUGUCGUCAGAUCGAUCAGUUACGCCUAUACACGACGUACGUACGGGAUUUGUUUACUUUGCUUUUGUUGCGGUGGAUUGAAUCCCCUUUUCUUUUUCUUCUCUCUCGAAUUUUUGGUUAUACUAGUAUUAUAUAUAGAUACAUACACACCAACAGAAAGAGUACGUAUAUAGUGCCACGACCACGAAUAUACGUAGUGUCCUUUAUUGUACACUGCUGGUACCAGGCUAGUCUUACUUUCGUCAACUCCCUCCCUGUCUUGUACCAGACACAUCCAGACAAGAUUACAAAUUUCGGCCGUUCUCAUCAGCUUGCUUGGCCCAUGGUACAUGCUUGGUCA